GAUCCGAGACAGUCGCAAACACAGUACUUGCGUCCUCAGGUGUAUUUUUUUGAGGCUGUCAGAAGCACUGAUAUAUCGUCAGGACCAAAGUCGUACAUCUUUAAUCUCCGGCAGUUUAAACUAUUUCACGAUUGAAAGAAAUUGUUUUCACCCUGAUGGAACAAGGAGAUGGCGUCUUUUGAAUUGGACAGCAUGCAGGAGGACAUGAAUGAGAGGCUGAGAGCAGGGCCGGUUCGCAGGAACCUGUUUGGCCCGGUCGACCACCAGCAGCUGCAACAGGACUUUGAGCGCCUGCUGUGCAUGAGCGUGGAGGUGGCCAACAAGAGGUGGAACUUCGACUUCCAGAGAGACAGGCCUGGCCAGGGCUCCAUCGAGUGGGAGGAGCUACGGUGCCAGGAUGUGCCGGCGUUCUACCGCAGCUGCGUGGUGAAGGCCGGGGCCGGGCCCAAGGCGCGGGUGCCAGGCGGAGGGGCUGCUGACGUCUCCGAAACGCAAGAGUACCUGGAGAUCACAGCCAGGGAGACGUACAGGAGCUGCAAGGCAGAGAAACGACUGGCCUCCAGCACUCGUAAACGCAAACAGGCCACCAUCACAGAAUUCUUUUGUGUGAAGAAGAAGAGGUCUUCACAUCAUAAAGGCCCUGCUUUCUAGUAAACAGAGAAGCUCCAGACAACACCAAAAUGGUGGAUAAUGCAGUGGUCAUGGACAAUAAGUAAUCUUUAUCUGUAUAUAUAAAUCUGUAUAUACAAUUUCUUAAAUAUUAUUUUGAUGGUUAUAAACUUGUCAUAAAAACCUAAAAACCUCAGACAAAUAUGUCUGUUUAACCUGCAACACCUUUUUGUAUAAGGAGGCUGAAAAUCCCAAGAAAAUCAUGACAGUUCACUCUAUGAGUCCUUAAUUUGGAAUGAUAUAUAUUGCUGAUUAUAUGUAGCUGUGUAACCUUACACUAUAUAUUUUAAGUAUACUGUGAAAAACCCUAAUGCACUCUAAUUUUAGCGGGGGAAAGAAACCCUUUGUUGGAAGAGGUCAGGACCUUUCCUUGUUUCUGGUAUUAGAAACAAUACCUUCGAUUGUUUUCAUAACACACUCCCCAGACCACCAGCCAUUCAAUCCUGCUGGCUUUACGCUACGUGAUCAGUGUGGUUUCACCGUAUGUUUUAAUCCUCCCUGCCCAGCAAGCAGUGCUCAGUUCAAGCACUGCUCCAGAGGCAUUUUGUCGGUGAAAAUGUCAGGAUUUGUAACUUAGCUUCGAGAGUCGGAGAGUCACCGAGGUGUAGACAUUAGAAGGAAAGUUCUUUAGUGGUCUGCAAAACAAAUGAAAUUUAAACAAAAUGGACACCCUGCCAAUGUUCAGCUCAUGCUUACCAGUAGCAAUUUAUCAAAUUGGCCUGUGUUUGUGCCAGUUUGGUGGGAUAGUGCCUUUGCAGGCAGUAUGCUGGUGUGCCCAACCCAACCAUCCAGAUUAAAUCAUCACACGGUGACAAGCUGUGAGCUACGUGCAACAUUCCUAGUUUGCCAGAAUGCAUCGCAAAUAGAUUGACCAAUUAUAUUCCACAAAAUAAAACCUUAAAGUACGACAUAUCUGAUAGUGGUUCAUAGUUUACAUGUAGCUUUUGUAACACUAUUUUAACAAUGUAGCAAAUUAUAUUGUCUUCCCUUUCAUUGUAGCAACAUAUUAGAGGCUCUGAUUGCAAUCUUUUAGUAAAUAAAGGGAAUGUAGCACUGAUAGUGUUAGAUGUGCCUAUGAUUGUUCAGAACAGAGUAGGCACCUAUUUUAAUGUGUGAAAGGUUUUAGGCUGUGUGCAUGUUCAUGUGCAAAAAUGCACACAAAUCUAGAAGAGUACUUCAAACCGUAUAUAAGUCUACCUGCAUCAAAUUUGCAUUUCUGUGCAUGUCUGAGGGAUUGUGUGUGUGAGUAACAUGUUGUAAAUAGAUUUUGUAGAUUUUGAUUAAGCAGUUGACCAAAGAAGCUUUACUUAAGCUUUAAAUUAACCAGAUUGGCAGCAGUUGAAUAAACUAAUUUAGACUUGUGUGGCAAAUGAGACAGUGACACUGAAAUGAACCAGCCAGUUUAUACAGAGACUUUGUAAGGGAUGUACUUUUAUAGUCAACCAGGUAAAUGAUCAGGAAAUCAGAAGAUUAUAAGAUCCUUAAUGCAUUAUUUUGUAUUAGGAACUUGUGUGACAUAUGGUUAUUACAGUGCUCACUGUGUCUUUUGCCAGUAUUAGUGCAAAGGUUAAAAUUGACUAAUUAUUGCAUUGGAGUGGGUUUUUACUGUGUUUUUUUUAUUUUUAAAAUAAGAUAAUUUAAUAGCCAUAAUCUGGACUGUCUACCUCAACCAACCAAUAUUGUACAACUGACAGAAAAUAUGUAAAAAUCUUCCACUACACCUGUCUCAGAUGUUACUGGAGGAAAGCCACAAGGGAGGACUACUCUGGGUUCUCCAUGUUUUUGUUCUGUUUGGGUAUAACAGUAUGGUGGCCUUGCUACAGAGCAUAUCAGCCGUCGCUGCGAGCCAGUGUGAAAGCCUACUUCAGUCCCGGACUGCAGAGGAAACCCAAAUCCUGUGGGAGAUCUGAGGACUGUUGUCUCUGGCUCAUUUGCCUGCCUUUGUUUGACAAGUUUCCCAGAAACGGUCAGAAUGAGGACAGGGGGAAGGGUUUUCUAAUAGAAUGUAAGAGUAUCUGGGCUUGUAUCAAAGGAGACUAACAUCCGUUGGUAUUUCAGAAAAAAAUGUUUGUGAUCUAAACUCUCCUCUUAUCCUCACAAUCUGCCUCAGUGUCUGCACACAUUAUUUGUAAAAUAUGUAUUUUUACUGAAGAAAUUAAUGGUUAUCAACACGUAUGCUGUACUUCAAAAGUUUACACACUUCACCUCAAAGAAUGAGCAAAAAUUUGCUUGGAUGUGCUGUUUGAUUAUUUUUUUUUUGUAUGCGAUCUUUUUUUUCUUUUUUUUUCAGAGUGUUCAAAACAAACUUUAAAAGUAUAUUUUAACUUAUUCUGAUUAUGCAUUGUUGCAUGUAUAGGAAAAUAAUGAUAAAUGCCAUUUUGUAUAAGACUAACUAAUUGUUUUGUACCGUCUUUGCACUACUUGUGUCACGGAUUUGUUAAUAUAUUCUUUCCAAUGGUGUUGGAGACUGGGGGUGUGGCCACCGGACAUGAAGUCGAUGUUCACUAAAAGCUCAUUGAGAGGAAAAAAAGGUCUGAUUCUGGCAUUGUUUUGGUGACUAGGGUUAUAGUUCACUUCACAGCUUUGUUUGCCUCUUGACAGUCUUAUUGUCCUCCUGCAAGAGUAAAGACAGCUGUCAAAAUCUAGAUUUUGAUACACCCUAUUAUUUUCAGUUAAUAUACACAAAACAAAAAAAAGCAAAAUUUGUAUCCCUUUAUGCGUCAUGUGGCAUGUAUGAAACAAAUGUUUUUUUUCCAAAGUGCUGUUAGCCCUGAGCCAGACCCUUCUCCUUACCAUCAGUGGCAUCAGCUCUGCACUGCCCCUGUAGGCCAGUUGGGGGAAGCAGAAAUGCUUUGGAUGGAAUUGUUCCUGCCUGUUAGUCAAAUACAUCCAUGGGGCCUUUACUGUGUCUGAAGUACAAAGAUUUUUUUUGCAGAAGGAAUGUUUCAUUGUUCAAAAAUAUUUCUUGUUUGUGAAAACAUCCAAUGUUUCCUCCAAUUGACUUAUAGCAGCAGGUGAAAUAUGCCUUUAUUUCCAGUGAUUUUGUGAGUAGUGUAGGGGGGCCAUGGCUCAGGCCUUGCUAUUGCUUUACUUUUGUUAUCAAGGCAAUGUUUCAUACAUACUGCUAUACAAUAUACAGUAUCAAACCACAGAUUUUGACUGGAGUGCCCUUUUGCUAGAGAGGAGUGUUUAACUAACCUCACUGUGGGAUACUAACCAAUCUAGUCUUGUGUUUCUACCAGACCACAAUUGGUGUGUAGCGAUAUUAAAAACAAAUAAUCGGCUGCAGGUAUAUUGUUGUAGUAUUUUGUGCCUUAUAUGCAUGAGUUAAUUAUACCCUUGUAUACAGUUUAAAUUGACAGUAUAAUUUACUACUGCUUAGUUUUAUAGGGGAACAACUUCUUUUUUUGCCCAUUCAGUGAUUCAAAUUGUUUCUCCAUUUUCUUGGAAGUUGUGAAUAUACAAUUUUUGAGAACCAAAUCCUACAAUUUCUUAAAAUGAUAUUGUACAUUGUAUGAAGUCUCCAUUUUAUAACAGCUGAAUAAAAAAAAAAUUAUGGA